AUGAUGAUGAGUGGAGAAGGAAGUGAAGGAGGAGUAGAGUCUGGUCAUCAUCAUCAUCAUCCUUACCCACCUCCCUUGGCUACGUACGAAGAUGUCGUCGGCUCACGCGAUCUCUUCACCGACACCCUCAAGAAGUUUCAUGCUUCUAUGGGCACUAAAUUCAUGAUCCCAAUUGUUGGGGGCAGAGACUUGGACUUGCAUCAUCUCUUUGUUCAAGUCACUUCUCGUGGUGGGAUAGCAAAGGUUUUGAAGGAUAAGAGAUGGAAAGAAGUUACUUCGACUUUCAGCUUCCCUUCGUCGGCGACAAACGCGUCGUUUAUUCUACGCAAGUAUUACGUCUCGCUCCUUUACCACUUCGAACAGACGUACUUAUUCAAGGCUAAGUGCUGGACUCCUUCACCUUCCGAUACCAUGCAACAUUUGUCUGCAAAUAUUUCGACUCCUCAUGGAUUUUCCGGACACGGGCCGCCAGCCGCUCAUCAAAUUCACGCAUCAGCUAGUAAUGCAACUUCAAUGCCCCAAGAAGCAUUAGCAGCAGCAUCAGCUGGUUCAGCAGUUUGUGGUGUAAUUGAUGGAAAAUUCGAGAGUGGAUAUCUGAUCACAGUUAAAAUAGGGGUAGAUGAGUUCAAAGGGGUUCUCUAUCAGGUCCCGACAACGAACAACACACAAGCCUUUCAAAGUCCUCAAAAUUUUGUGGAUGUGGCGGGAAAGCCGCCAGGUGGACGUCGCAAGCGUAGGAAGAAGUCGGAAAUAAGAAAGCGAGACCCGUCUCAUCCGAAGCCCAACAGAAGCGGUUACAAUUUCUUUUUUGCCGAGCAGCAUGCGAAGCUCAAGCCGCUUUACCAUGGGAAGGAUAGAGAGAUCAGUAGGAUUAUUGGGGAGACUUGGAACAAGCUGCAAGAACCCGAGAGAGCAGUUUAUCAAGAGAAAGCUGUGAAGGACAAGGAGAGGUACAGGAUUGAAAUGGAGGGUUAUCGGGAGAGAUUGAGGAGCGGCCAAAUCGGGUUCUCCAUACCCCCACGCCAUCAUCAGCCGCCGAUAAUCAACUUAAACGAAUUCGACCCGAAUCUUGUUGGCAUGUAUGAGGUGGGGUCCGGCAAAAGUAGCAGCUUGGACUUGGAGGAUGAAACCGAAAGUGCUGCUGACAAGGACUUUGGGGAAUGUUCGCAACCCAACAACCAACUCAAGAACGUUGAUAUCAUUGAGGACAACGAGGCAUUUCAUUUUGCAGAGAAAGGUGUGCACAACAACGAGAGUUUGUCGGCUGAUCGAGAAGAUGGAGUAUCAGUUCCCAUUGAGGAGUAUCCUAAUAACGAUGGAGCUCAAGUUUCACCAGCCUUGAUAGAAGCUCAAGUUUCACCAGCCUAG